AUGGGUGUUGAAGACAUAACUGCAGAAGACCUAGAAAAGGCUACAAAAUCAUUUGUAUCAAUAGAGUCGGCUAGUCAAAUAAGCAGGAGAUAUGUUCGAAAAAAACUAGAGGAAAUUUUUAACUUGGAGGAAAAUUCUCUACAUGAGAGAAAAAAAGAGAUUAAUGACAUAAUUACAAAGGUAUUGACAAACAUUCUUGAAGAGGAAAACAAGAAAAAAAAUAAUGACUUGUGUGAAAUUGACGGAGAUAUGAACACGGCAGAAACGAAUAACGAAGGGGAACAAUAUAAUAAACAAUUGAAUUACAGGAAAAAUCAUAGCAAUAUGAACAAGACCAAGAACGAGAUUAUUAAAAGCGAAAACAUGAAUGAUGAUAAAUUAUCUAGUGCACAGUCGGAUAACAACGAUAAAAGUUCGUCCAAAAAAAGAAAAAAUAAUGACAGUGAACCACUUUCAGCUAGAAAAAAACAAGCCAACAUUAUGACGAAGGAUUACUUUUUAAACAAUGCCGAAUCCUUACUUUGCAAUUUAUCGAACGACAUAAAAUUAAAAUUGGAACCAAGAAUGUUCAGUACAGGCAGUUGUGGAUGGCACAUGAUGGAUAAGGUUUAUCUAUUAGUUGGGGAUCAAAAUGUCCUUUGCCAACUUUGCAUUAACUGUUCAGUUAUCGGAAGCAAGCAAUGGAACUAA